ACAGUCCUAGGGAAAAUUUUAGGCAUCCAUCAACUUCCAUGAGGGAAGAUUUGUAAUUGGUCACUCAAGUUUAGAUUUUUUCAAGGUCAGCUCUCCAAAAGUUUUGGAAAUCUAAAUGGUGAAACUUGGACUGAUCACGAGGCACUGCUGGUUCUGGGGGGAUGCAACUCUACAAUAAAAAUUGGAUCCAAAUUAUAGACCAGUUACAGAAGGCAGCAAAACUAGACUCAAGGGUAGUCCGGGCUAAAUCACACGUUUCAAACACUCCGUAAUAAUUAUUGAGCAUAAUAUAUAGGGGCAAGCGGCAAUGGCGGACCUCCGCGGGUGUAGAUUUUAUCGGGGGAGGAACAUCCUGUCGCUGCAACCCGAUUUCAAGACGCCUGAUUGGCUGACCCAAAUUGAACCGUCGUCACUUUUUAUUUUUAUUUUCGCGCGUCAUGACUCAUGAAUCCUUCGGCCCGACUCGAUUUUGAAACCCUCAUUGAAGAACUCAGGGGUCGCCGGGAAUAUUUCAAGGCCGGCGUCAUGGCUUCGCCGGCGACGUGGGGCUUAUCAAGGUUCUCUAUCGGAAACUCCUGUUCUACACUUUCAUCUUCUUCUUACUUACAGGUUAUUCCAUUUCCGAUUCCUAAAUCCACUGUGAAGAGAAAUUCCUCGCGUCUCAUUUGCUGCAAUCUCCGUCAACUGCGAGAGCGAAUGGAGACGGUAAAAAACACCCAGAAGGUCACAGAAGCGAUGAAACUGGUGGCCGCCUCAAAGAUUCGGAGAGCUCAAGAGGCUGCCAUCAAUUCUAGACCCUUUGCGGAUGCCAUUGUUGAGGUUCUGUACGACAUCAACGAGCAGCUCCAGUGGGAAGAUGUGGAUCUUCCUUUAACAGUGGUCCGUCCGGUGAAGAAGAUUGCCCUAGUUGUUGUCACAGGUGAUAGCGGCCUCUGCGGCAGUUUCAACAGUGCUAUUCUGAGAAAAGCCGAGGCUCGUAUGACGGAAUUGAUUUAUCUUGGUUUGGAUUACACCAUAAUCAGCGUUGGGAAAAAGGGAAAUUCUUACUUUCAACGAAGGGAAAACAAAAUUGUGGAGAGAUAUGUGGAAGUAGGAAGUUUUCCUACCACAAAGGAGGCUCAAGCCAUAUCAGAUAAUGUAAUCUCGCUGUUUGUGAGUGAAGAGGUUGAUAAGGUUGAGCUGUUGUAUACUAAGUUCGUGUCAUUGCUCAAGUCUGAGCCGGUAAUCCACACCUUGCUUCCCUUGUCUGCAAAGGGCAAGAUUCGAGACGUGAAUGGAAAGAACAUUGAUGUGGAGGGAGAUGAGUUUUUUAGGUUGACUACGAAGGAGGGGAAGCUAACUGUGGAGAGGGAUCACAGGGAAGCAUCUAAAACAGAAAGAGCGUAUUCAUGUUAUAUGCAGUUUGAGCAAGAUCCUGCUGAGAUUCUUGAUGCGUUGAUGCCUCUUUACUUGAAUAGUCAGAUUUUGAAGGCACUUCAAGAGUCGUACGCAAGUGAGGUUGCGGCAAGGAUGAACUCAAUGAACAGCGCCACAGAUAAUGCUAUUGAGCUGAAUAAAAAGCUUUCCAUGUCUUAUAACCGGCAGAGACAAGCAAAGAUCACUGGUGAGAUAUUGGAGAUUGUUUCUGGAGCUGAUGCACUUGCAUAGAGAAUCCUAUUCUCUUCAAAUAUGAUUUUUUUGAGGUAUUCAAUCUACGGGUAAGUUUAGGCAAAAAGAGUCUGGCUGGAAUGCAUCUAUACUUAGAUUGGCGAAGCAUAUGUUAUUUUUCCAAAGUUUAAUGAAUGACAUAUUCUUACCACCUAUACUUUCUUGAAUUCCGAGUUACUUCCCAAAUGCUGAACAAUUGAGAGCAAAGAUCACAAGUUCUGAACUAUUUUUCGAGGUAUUCAAGCAACUGGCAAUUUUUGGCAAAAUGUCUCUUGCAGGAUUAUGUCUAUAGUCUAUACUUACUGAGAUCGGAUAAACAUAUGUUAUUAUUCCAAAGCAUAAUGAGUGGCCAAAUACUGAACUCAAUAGAGAGGAAAGGAUCACAAGUUUCGAACUUUUCUUCACUUCAAAAUCAAUAUGAAAGUAGUUUUGCCCGCUUGAAAUAUGUAUUCCAAUAUAGCAAUUCAUUGUUUGAGCUCCCUAAAGUUUGGUAGGGGUGUGGGCUGGUCACCUUGUGUGCAGAUGUAUCUAACUCUUCAGGGGCUUGGGGUGGAAUUCAUAUGUGCAAGGUUCCAAUUAAUGUUCCUCCAUUUA